AUGUCGUCGCAUAUCGCCUUUGUGACCUCGACACCACGGCUCGACGCACUCGCUGCUACAGUAGUUCUUGAUAACCGCCGUCCAUUUCCUGUGGAGGAAGGAGCCCGUUUAGACCAGUAUGCGCAUUCGACAGGCUUGGAUGAGAUUAAGAAGGAGAUUAUCCGCAUGGGUCUGAAGAUUAAAGCUAAGGUGCAAGGGCUGGAAGUAGAACUUCCAGUCACGAAGCCUAUGGCGCUCCUCCACAUGUCUGGCCGCUUGACUACUGGAGAAUCUGAGAUCGCCAUAAUCAAGAUUCUUAUGAGCUCUGAAAAGAUCAGUGGGAAAACAUUAAAAACUUGGCACAUAGGGGAUAUCAACCCUCAGGUGACCAACCUCAACUCAGAUCUGAUUAUUAUCUACCCUAACGUCCGCUACGAAAUACCUGAAGACGUUCCAUUCUGCCCACUAUUCAGUCAAGUCUCCCUUGGAGCCCAAACUGUCUCCCAUUCCCGAAUAUCCUCAACCAUCUCUGGAUCAAUAUAG